AUGAAUGCACGAAAUCAGCAAUUUCAGUUGACUGUUGAUUUACGGCAAGUAAGGGAUGCGGUCUCAGCAGUUUUUCAUACUUUAUUGCUUCAUAGGAGUAUUGGUAAAUUUCAAUAUAAAGCAGAAAGUAAUUAUCAACUCGGGUCAAUUGGUGUCGAAGAGGUGGACUGUGAAUUCGUAGAUCUCACUUAUGUGCGUGUAAAUAGUGCGAAAUUGAUAUCGAAAAUAAAGGAUGAAGUUGAUGCAUUUUGUGUGGAUGUUUCGAAAGCAGCUGGAUGCGGAGCUGAUAUGAAUACUUUGCAGUCAAAAUCACCAUCGCAUAUCACUCAUGGCACACCGCUACUCAGUGCUAGAAUAGCGUUAGAAUUUUAUCAGAGAAGGAAAAGACAGUGGCCUUUACCAGAAGAUCAAGUUCCUUGGGAAGUAUGGCAGUUACAGCUUGAUAUUGUGGAUGUUCGCGAAACUGAAUAUUUCGAGCGAAUGCGUGAAAACGUAGCCGAGUCGCUAUCAGAAUUGGUGAUAUCGACGUGUAGUGCUAUCAACAGAUCGCAGUACCUACCAAAAAUGCCCACAAAGAGCGAACUGACGAAUGUCUUCGAUGACACCUUCUCUGACUGUCAACCGUAUUUGUUUCGUAUCGUCAGACAUCCUCUACAUACCGGUGAUAAAAGAUCUGAAACGAGUACAUUCUUGACCUCAAGCGGUCUGUCAGCGGUAAAGAAAUUGCUCAAGGAUUCAUUAUUAUUCUAG